CCUUUCAUUGCUCUAUCUCGCAAAAAGAAAAAAUGAGACUUCAACUCCAUUUCCAACGCUCUAAUCUUCCAUUGCUCGUCCAACUCAAGCACAAUUCACCCCUUAAUAAACCUCAAAAUUUGCCAUAUGGGAAGAGAGAAAUUCACCAGCUAGCUGCAGAAAAAAGAAGCUUAGUUAAACCAAUAGCUCUACAAAUCUCGCACAAAUCCAAGAUAUUUUCAAGAACUGAAAUUUCUGAGUCUGAAGCUGGUUUAAAUGAGAAAAGUUCAAAGCUUUUAGUAUUGGGAGCUGUAUCUGUUGGGGUAAUGCUGUUUUUACUGGGAUUUGAUGAUCAAAACAAGGCAUUAGCAUUGGGUCCUGAAGGUCCAUUAAUGGAGGAAUUUUGGGAUAAUAUGAGGAGAUAUGCAAUUUAUGCAUUGACAGUUAGUACUGGAGUUCUUUGGGCUGUUUUUGAACCCAUUUAUGAGCUGUUGAAGAAUCCCAUUUCUGCAAUUUUAAUAUUGGUUAUUAUGGGAGGCAGUUUUUAUAUUGUUUCUCAAGUGGUAUCAGCUAUGGUCGGUAUUACUGACUUUGCUUAUGAUUAUAACUAUUAGAUUUCAGUUUACUUCUGUAUAAAGAGGGACUUUCCUUGUUAAUCCAAUGCAAAUUCUAUACGUUUGUGCUUAAAUUCAGUAAGCAAUAUAUAUUGCCUUCAAACUCAUAGUGUUGCAUACUAUUUUAGUAUAGUUUUUUGACAGGUCACUA